GCGGCAUCAUGUCAUUGACCACCAGUGUCGAUGUGUUUAAGGCGCCCCGCAGAGGCUAUUACUGGAGUUAUUACAUCAUCACAAGUUCUCUGGAGCUAGAGUCCGCCCUGGCGCACCCUCUAGCGCAAACCUAUCCGGUGGUGCUCAUGUUCUGGGCGAGCUGGAACGAGCCAUGCAGGGUGAUGAUGAGACCCUUCAGGGCCAUGGCCGUGGCUAAGAGGAGGGCCGCCAUAUUCUGCCAGGUGGACGUCGACAAGUUCAAAGAUAUCGUGGAGCGGUACCGAGUGGAGGCGCUGCCGACGUUCUUGCUGCUCAAGCAAGGUGUGGAGAAGGGCAGGGUCGUCGGCGCCAAGGUCGGGGACCUCAGCAUCAUCAUCAUGGCCAACAUAUGAAUGAUACAGUACUACUGGUACUAGAUAGGAUCUGUCGACUGAUGGUCUUUUCCAUCAGCCGGCCUUUCCGUUAGGUAUAUUAUUGGUGAAUCAACGGUUGAGAUAUGUAUCAAUUUAUCUCGUCGAAAAUCUCAAUCACUUCAGCCCUGCGGCACUCUGUCAUCUAGGAAAGUACUGUGCACACGACAUAUAGGGUGAACGACCAUUGCACAAUGGUCCGAUAAGCGGUUUGCAAACAGUUUGUUGCCAUGCAUGGACGGCUUCACUGGAUUGUGGUUCAAAAGUCGUCUACGCACUGUCGCCUCCAUAGAAGACCAGAUAUAAAUAGCAUACUUACUGUGCCUGAGUUGUGCACUUGCCAAUACAAAGUGUUUAAUAUUAUUUUUUGAAUGUAUCUAUUUUUAUGAAGCAUUAAGGUUUAUCUAUUUAUAAACAUAUUAUAGCAUCAGAAAAUCAUUUAUUUCUAAUUUCAAGUUUUGCUGUCCAAUUAUUUCAUUAUAUCUGGCAUUGAAUCGCUCCAUACGGGUAAACCAAGCAACCAUUAAAUCCAAACAACACCAAAGAGAGACGAUCGCACAUCUAUCUAUCUAUAGAGAUACUAAGCUCCCUUGAAUUGAAGGGUGCUUUGAUGGUUGUGCGAGUCGCUGAGGACCCCACGCGCAAGUGUGUGGUGUUUAGUUUUUAUUUCUUCUUUAAGAUCCCCUGAAUUGAAGCGUUCUGGUGCUUUGACGGUUGUGGUAGUCGCUGAGGACCCGACGCGUAAGUGUGUGGUCUUUAAUUUUUAUUUCUUCUUUUUCCAUGUUUUAAUUUAUGAGUGUUUACUUAAAUUUGUGUACUUGGAAAAACAUAAACAUAUUUUAAAAUCUUCUUCUGAGCUAGCAGUGGGGGCGAGCGAAAUAAACAAGCGAGAGGACCAGGGAGCCUAGCUAAGCGAAUGACCCGUGUGAGCGUUGUAGUAGCAAUUCCAUGGUUUUAGUGUGAAAUAGGAGCAAACAAUCACCACCGGCUGACACCAAGGCCGAAAUGUGCAAAGAUUUCACAACCACGCAUCAAACACCUCACCUAUCUUCUUAGAAAAAUGUUGCAACAGCAACCCAACAUGAUAAACGAAUAAAAAAACACCACCAAUAAAAAAUUAAAACACAAAGCUAACAAAGAUAAAAUCAAAACAAAACAACUGA